GUGUGAUCAGGCCGCAUAGUCUUGUUCUCUGGGGAAGAUGGCUCGUCUUUCAAUCCGCGGGCACGCUUUCGAACCUGCGUGCCUUGUGUACCGCUUCUGCCAGGUGUUGAGGAAGCGUUGCUAUCGCGGAUAUUUGAGGGAGAUGAUUGCCUUCUUCGCUUGCGUGGGCGAUCGGAGGGAUCGAUGUCGGAUGGAGGAAGAUCGUGAUUGUCGUUGUUGGAUCGAGAUAUGUCGUUGAGUAGUGGAUAAGAAUGAUUCGUUGAUGGUGCAGUAGAUUCAAGUGCUCGAGAAGAAUCCUGUUCAGGACGGACAGUGGAGGUUUCGAUUGGGCCGGCGGGAGUGAGUGGGGAGGAGUGGUCUGGAGGCUCGUUAUCCAGCGCGGAGACUAGAAGCACGCCUGGUGCUUAUUGAUGGAGGAUGGUCCGGUUGUUCUGCUGGCCUCAUCCGGCCGCAGACAUAGGACUCAAGGAGUCGAGUGAUCUGUGAAAGGGUGUGCAAG